ACUUGUUUUCUGGGCUAUGUGCUGAAAAGAGAAAAAAGAAAUCCUUUGCUUCUAUACGUAACAGUGUCCAAAGCAUUUUACUUUGCUUCUACCUCUGCCCUGUUCACAAUCCCAAACCAAUGAUAACAACAUCAAGUCAUCAACAGUCCACACUUCUACUUUUCCUCAGAACCAAACACUACUUUCUUUUCUCUGGAGAAAGAGCAGAAAAGUCCUAGACAAAACUCUUCAGCAAAGGCUAUUUUUGUUUUUGGGUAAUGGACAAUUUACUACUUAAGCAAAAGAGAGUGAAAAUUUCAGGUCCUGGACCAGAAAAGCAGGAACAGUCUAAGGGUAUAAAAAGAGAACCUCCAUCAUUUCAACUAUCUAGGUCUCCUAAAGAAGAUAAAGAAUUGCCACGAAGGCCAUCGGAGAGGCAGUACUUUUCGAGCAAGAUGAAGGAUAACAGUGAAAGAGACAUAGAUUAUGCUACUGCAGUUGCAGCUGCUGCCUUUGCUGUUCACUCAAUUGAUCAAGUUGAAUCCCAACACCAAAGAAGGAAGAAGGAAUCUCUUGAUACCUCAAGGACCGGGAAAAAUAACGGCAGGAAUAGUGAGAUCACAGCUGAAAUGCCAAGUUCUAGUAAAGCAACCAAGCUAUUAUCAAACAAGGAAGCUAAAAGUGCUGGUGAAGCUUCAAGGAAAAGGUCAGUUAGCCUCGACAACAAGGUGUCUCAGAGGGUUUCACCGGGCACACCAUCAAGCCACACACAGAAAGGAGUGUCACUGGGUAUCAAAGGCAUGGAAAGGAAGCCAGACUCUUGGGAGAUAGCUCAGAUGAGAAGAGUUCAAGAAAGGUAUGAGAAGACAAAACAUGCCAUUCUUUCUUGGGAAAAUGAGAGAAAGAUGCAAGCCAAGGCUAAGAUGGAAAAGAGAAAGAUUUUAUUGGAGCAGAAAAGAGCACAAACGAUACAGCAUUACCAGAACAAGAUAGCAAGGAUAGAAAAGAUAGCUGGAGGAGCAAGGGCACAAUUGGAAGAGAAAAGGAAAAAUGAAGAGCUUUCAGUGAAAGAAAAGGCAAGGAAGAUAAAAUCAGGAGGCAAAGUUCCUGUGAGAUAUUUCUGCUUCACUUGUUGAUAAUACAAAAGAUGAAGUCGCAACUAAUUUAACUGUUUCCUAACCAGAACAUGUAUAUUUAUCUAUGCUUUAACUUAUGCUUCAUCUUUAACAUGUUAAUAUUUACUCAAGAUGGAACACUUGUAUCAAAUAAACACAUAUAAAUACAUACAUAUAAUACAAUAACAAAACAUUUGUGACAA